UGAGAAGAUGAUCUAGGAUAACAGGAUCAAAGACCAGGGCCCAGUCUCAGGUUCUUCGGGAUGGACCAAGACAGGAGCCACAUGACUGAGAGGAUAUUAAGUCUCACCCUGGAGAUCAUCUACCUGCUGACCGGAAACGGAACACUUGCUCCACACUGGAGACAACAGAACCUGACCUGCUGGGGUUUAAAAGAAAAGCCAGUGAAAUUCCUUCAUUUUGAACAGCUGUUAAAAAAGGAUGCAAAACAUAUGACAAAUGAACAUUAAAAAUGGAUAGUCUGGCAGGAAAUAGAAGCACACAAGGAUGUAAAAUGGCCAUGAAAAACUGACAGUUUAUCCGCUUUUAAAGCCGAAAUGCCACAGCUUGAUACAUUGUGUAGUGGCCGUUCAGGGGUCCUGCAGCUGAUGCUCCUAAUCAAGUGAAUAGGACCCAAUAACCUAUUGGAUACUGCUGUGGAUAGGUCUUCAAUAUGUUAGUCCCGGAAAACCCCUUUUGAAAGAAUGGACAUGACUGGAGAGGACUAUAUGUCUAUGAAAAAAGAAUUUACUGAUUAUGUGACACAUCAAAACAAGUUCCAUGAGUCAGGAAAGUUUGACAAACCCCAGAAAUCCAUAACUGUGCCACCACCUCAGUCACAUGUACACGAGAGGAACAAUGAGCAGAAGAUCCUAGACCUCACCAACAAGAUCAUUGAGCUGCUCACUGGAGAGGUUCCCAUAAGGUGUCAGGAUGUCACAGUUUAUUUUUCUGUGGAGGAGUGGGAGUAUUUAGAAGAACACAAGGCUCUGUACAAGGACGUCAUGGAGACCCACCAGCCCUUCACAUUACCAUAUGGAUCUAGUACAAUAUGUACACCAGAGAAAUGUCCUACUCCCCACUUUAAAGAAGAAGACGAUAAAAUGCAUCCAUAUUAUGAGGAUCUUCUCAUGAGUCAAGUCAUAGUUGGAUCACAGGUUGAGGAUGAUGAUGAUGAGGUGUGCAUGAUGAGUGGCAAGCAGUGUAAGGAGGAGGAGACUCCGAUGUGUAUUCAUCCAGAUGCAUCUUCCUCAAUUAACAGUUUAGACAAACAGUAUACAUUAUAUGAACAUUUCGAAAUGGGAGAUGAUGUGGUCCAAUAUCCUCAAGUCGAAUAUCCUGUACUCUUGCAUUUCAGCCCCUUUGGUCCUAGUGCACACGCAUCAUCUGAUGUCCUAAAUGUCACUGAUUAUGUGACUCUCAACUCUGAAUCUUCCAAUCUAGUUCUAAGUCAAGAAACAGAACCUGGAGACAUUUCAACUUUGUCAAAAGACAUUUCAGGUCCAAAGGCUGGGAAAAGGUUAUUUACCUGUGGAGAAUGUGGGAAAAGCCUAACCCGGAAAGAAAAUCUCAUUUCCCAUCAGAGAAUUCACACUGGGGAGAAACCAUUUUGUUGUCCCAAAUGUGGGAAAUGUUUUAAGAAAACUUCACAUCUGUCAAAGCAUCUACAGAUUCACACUGGUGAGAAGCCAUUUUCUUGUUCUGAAUGUGGGAAAACAUUUGCCUGGAAAGGAGAUCUAGUUGUCCAUGAGAGAAUCCACUCAGGUGAAAAGCCAUAUUCAUGUUCAGAAUGUGGCAAAUGUUUCUCCAUCAAGUCCUACCUAGUCAAGCAUCAGAGAAUCCACACUGGAGAGAAACCAUACUCCUGCCCUGAAUGUGGCAAAUGUUUCUCAUCAAGUUCAAAUGUUCUGCUGCAUCGGAAAAUUCAUGCUGGGCAGAAGCCACAUGUGUGCGCUGAAUGCGGAAAGUGUUUUGUAUGGAAAUCUGAUCUCGUCAACCACCAGAGGAUCCACACAGGAGAAAAACCUUAUGAGUGUCCCGAGUGUCAGAAAUCAUUUUCAAGCAUCUCAUAUUUUGUAAAACAUCAGAGGAUUCACACAGGGGAAAAACCAUAUCCAUGUUCUGAGUGCAGUAAAUCUUUCUACUCCAGAUCAAAUCUGGUUUUACAUCAGAAAACACAUACAGGGGAGAAGCCAUUUUCCUGUUCUGAAUGCAAUCGGUGCUUUGCGUGGAAGACAGACUUUGUAAAACAUCAGAGGUUUCACACGGGGGAAAAACCUUUUGAAUGCCCUGAAUGUGGAAAACGUUUUAUGACCAAGCCAGAACUAAACGAUCAUAAAAAAAUUCACACUGGAGAGAAACCAUUUUCAUGCUCAGAAUGUGGAAAGGGAUUUGUUCAGAAGGCACGACUUCUGAAACAUGAACUCUUACACACAAAAACUGACACAUAGAUUUGUCAAGUGCUAUAGACCUGGCACCACAUUCUCUGAACAUUUUAGCAGACUACAUAGGUUGGAAAUAGUUUUCAUACUAUGAUGGCACAAGUCCUCUUCUCAUCACAGACAGGCUCCAAAAAGUGGUAGAUCAUUUAAAGAUUGACUGGCCUUGGAGACGACAUUAUCUGAGGUCCUAACGUGUCUCUGAUCAUAAAAAACCCACUCACGUGUUCACAGUCACGCAGCUGCUCUGUUCCCUGCCACUUGGGGUCUCUAGAGGAUCAGAAGUGGCCUAGGCCCAAAUAUGCUGAGGCCAAUCGCAGGCUUCAUUGGUCACAGCAGCUUGAAAGGUUCAUCACUGCUGUGAUGUAGUAUUCAGGCUUCUGUGACUGCUGAGGUCUGUGAUUGGUAACAGUUGUCACGGGAGAAAUCCACUUCCUGGUCCUGCGGGGACCGGAAGAUGCAGGGAAUGGAGCAGUAUUGGGACUGCGGACAGGUAAAUGUUUUUUUUUUUUUUUGUUUUUUUUGUUUUUUUUCAGGGGCACAGGUUAGGACCCGAGAGGCUGUCUGCUCCAAGGCCAGACAAUCCCUGUAAUUUAAAGGGUACCUUUAGAGGCUUUAUUAAAUUUAAGGGGCACUCCAUAGCAUCAAGUAUUUGACCACUAGGAACUUAUAAGGUCAUACAAUCAUGUGUGAAUAAGCAAAAAACACCCAUUUUAUAAAGCAUUAGUCCCUAGUGUUGGUCUCAGCUACUAGUACAGGAUCUCAGAAGUAAAUGGUAAGUUCAGCUUAUUUUCUUUUGUGACAAGUAUAAGUACCUUCAUGACCAUCAAUGAGCAAAUCUACAGGGCCAUAACGUGGUUAUUGUGCAUUCACAUGACCAUACUUUCAGCAACAAAGAUAGGGGUUGCAUGCUUUAGACUUUGAUCAUACAAUUUGCUUUAAAAGUGCAGCAUAAGUACAGUGCAAAAAUAUACCGUACAGACAUAGCUUUAGAGUUUAGACAACUCCUUUUCAUUUACACUGGUAUGAGCUAUGUAUUAAAGGUUAUCUGCCUAGACACCCUUUGGCAUAUAGAGCUUCUCUAUGGUGGACAGAACCAGAAUUCUCCUUCCCCUUUGUGGUGGCCAUGCUGGUAUACUAUAGCUUAGCUCCUUACUGCAACUCAGCUCUGAUUCACUUGAAUGGGAGUUGACCUGCAGUACACCAGCAGGGCGAUUUCCAGCUCUUUCCACUGUUUUGUUUUUGGCACCUUCCAAAAACAGCUUAUUGGUGGGAGCGCUGGGUGUCAGACUCCCACUAAUCUGAUAUUGAUGGCCAGUCCUGACAACAGAUCAUCAAUAUAUAAAGAGUUAAAAAAAAACUGUAACUUCUGUUUUAACCAGUUUCUUAUUACAAUCUAAAAUUAUAUUUUUUUUUUGCAGUUUUCCUUUUUUAUUUAAAUGAUAUCUUAUAAAUAUUCAUAGGAGCCCCACCCAUUCCAGCAUAUCCAGUACUGACAUUUUUGCUGGCGUGUGACAUUGUCCUCAAAUCCAUUGCAGAUUAACAGAAUAAGGGUCCAUUCACACGUCCGCAAAAUGGGUCCUCAUCAGUUCCCGCAAUUUUGCAGA